AUGGAGGACAUCGUGCCGGCGGACAGUGGCGAGGUCGUGCUUAUGAAGCUGAACUACCAGAGAGCCCUCCAGCUGGAGGGGGAAGCCUUAUGGGCGGUGUGCUACUGUAUCAUGAAGAGGGCCGGGGGCUUCCUCCUUGCCCUUCCCCCUGCCUACAUCCCUCAGCCCGUGCUCGAAGAGGCAUCUCGAGAAGGCUUUAUAGGCAUCCUCGGCCCUUACGUGCUCACGACUUCGCCUGCAGUGGAGCUCUCCGAAACUGGCGAGUGGGUGGGAGUGUACCCCGCUCGGGACGUCAGCGUUUUGGUGGCCGACUUCAGGGAGGAGGCGGCAGCAGGGGUCGAGAUUUUGGACGAAGGCCUGGGGGAUUGCGUACCUUUUGCCGAGGAGACAACCAAUCUCUUCCCCUUGGCCACUCACUUGGUUGCCUUUUCAAACACAUGGGCCGCGGGGGUCGAAGGCGAGAGAGGAGCGGGAUACUAUACAGCAGAGGAGCAGGCCCCGCCGGGCACUCCGCUGGGAAGGCGGCCAAAGCCCUCAGGCGAGGCAAAGAGACGCCCUACGGUCGCUGCUUUGGCGGCGCAGCAGUCGGAGAUAGUGCAGGCCCUCCAAGCCCUAUCCACCCAGGUUCAGACCUUGGCAAAGGCGGGGCAAGUACGAGAGCCUCCGCCUCCUCCAGCAGCUGGGCACCCUCGGCCAGCCCUGUCAGUUCCUGUGUCAGCGGCCAUAGCCCCUUCUCCUGCCGGCGCCAGGGCCAUCGCGGACAUGCUGGGAGCCCCUCCUCGCGGGAGGACUUUGGAUAUGCCUGCCCCGAUCCCGGGCUUGGACGGGCUGCCUUUGGAUGCCUUAGGCGAGGAGGUCGCUACAGACGAGCCGAACUCCAUAGCCUCUGCAGUGCUUGCCCAGAGCAAGGCGCUUACUGCAUUGGUAGCCCAGAUAUCGGGGUCAGAUCCCCUCAGCGACCUCGCAUCUGGCUCGGCAAGCUCCUUGUCUACGAAAGGAUCCGCUGGGCGCCUGAGGCUUCAACGGGAGCUAGCUUCGCGCUCCGGGAUUUUCUUCGACAAGGUUUACGAGGCAGCCGUCCGCCGAAUGGAGCCGACCAUCGAGCUCCACUCUUUUGCAGGAGGCGUGCACCAGCCCGCCGUCAUGACUCGUUACCUCGAGCGCUACGGGGGCUUCAGGGACCACCGGGUCUGGGGCCUAGUGCAAUGGCAGCUGGCUCAGAUCUUCGACCUUCUCACGACCGACCAAGUCGGAGGGGCAAAAGACGCCCUUGCUUUGCUGAUGGUGAUGGUCGACCAGCUCGUCCUCGAUGCUGGGUCGCCCGAACUUGGCUGGAUACUCACUCUGCAGCCAGACCCGCCGAACCCUUUGUUCAGUGCGCCCUCCAACAUGCCGGGAUCGAGCCUUCGACCGUGCUCCCACUUGGCCGACCCAAAGUGGGUGGCUACCUCCCUGGCUUUCGUGAAGGAGAUGGAGACUUUGCAAAACAGGAGGGCAGAGGUGGCAAAGCGUCCACCUCCCGUGCCUCCCGAACCUGGAGGUCCCAGUUUCUCAGGUCAGGUCUUCCCGAGCAUCAGUGGCUUUGGCAUGCUGCGCUCUUGGUCACAAGGAGAUUCUUUCUACUCCAGCUUCGCAAAGUCAGGUACAGGUCAAGGUGUGGACUCCUGCCAGAUAGGCCCACGGGGUCGGCAUCUCCUUAUUGAGCGAGUGCUUUACGUGUCCGUGCUGGCUUUGAACUUCCUGCACUCGGACUUUAGGCUCAGGUCCAUGCUCAAAGCGUGCAGUGAAAGAGGGUCGCACCCUCUCGCCGCCGGCCGACGGGGGCCACACCUGAUUGCCAGGCUGCGCGAGCUGAACUCCCACCUGGCCUCCCUAGGUCUUUCUACUUUUCCCUACGCAAGAAGUGAGAAGCUAUCUGGCUUCGUUGCACAUUGCCCCGAGGGCCCUGAAAGCCUCCAUCCCUACCGUGACGCCGAUCCUGCCAGGCUGAAGAUAUCUGGAGAUGGAGCCUGGAACAUCCAGGAGCACCUAGGCCCUGAGCUUCGCCUCCCUUUUCUCGAGCCCCAGGUUUUGAGGUCGAUUCCCGAGAACUCCUUGCCUUACCCUCGAGCAGACGAAGAGGACCCGCAGAGGAGCCUGCAGCUCCUUAAGCUUUGGGACCGAAAGGGGCUCCUCUUCCUUUCUUUUGAGAAGAAGGGCCCAAAAGACCUCACAAGGGUCUUCGGGGCUUUCAAAAGCGAAGCUGCCGACCGCAUGAUCGGCGACCGCCGAGGUGCUAAUGCCUGCGAGGGGAGGGUGCUGGGGCCAUCGAAGUUCUCGCCGCCGGGCCAUCUGCUGACUCAGCUGACCGUGCCCCAAGGCUGUAGGAUUAUAGGUGCCAGUACUGACAGGGCAGACUUCUACCACCAGGCCAGGAUCUCCGCCUCCAAAGCAGAGGGGAACGCAGUUGGGCCUCCUUUUCCCCUUCGCGAUUUUGAAGGUACUGGGGCUCUCCAAAAGGCCAGAGCCCUUGCAAGAGCUGUCGCUCGAGGUCCCAGUGGGCCCUCCCUUCCUGCUCGGCUCGAGGAGGCUCGCCUAGUCUCUAGCCAGGUCCCGGCUUCGCUGCUUUUCGAGCCUUCCACCUAUGUCCGAGGCGCUUUCCGCAGCCUGUUUCAGGGUGACCAUGCUGGCGUCGAGUUUGCGACGGAAGGGCACUCCAACCUCCUCCUUGAUCAUGGCUUAUUAGAGCCCUCGGGUCGACUCUUAGCCCGCCAUGCUCCUAGUCGGGAGGGGCCGUGGCAGGGGCUAAUUAUAGACGACUUUUUCAGCCUUUCUGUUGAGCCUCUGGGGGCAUGCCCUACCGCGUCUGCUGCGGCCCUGCUCGUUUCCCGCGCCAGGGAAUGCUACGACGCCGCGGGAGUCGCUGGCUCCCCCCACAAGGACAUCAAUGGUGCCGACUUUUUCACCGCUGCGGGGGCCCAGGUCAAUGCUACCGCGACCCCGCUCGCAGAUGGGCGCGUGCUCGUCUCGGCCCCGACCCCAAAGGUCCUCUCGCUUGCCAUCAUAAGCCUUCAGGCCGCUAGGCUCCCCGCCAUAUCCGAGGAACUAGCCUCCAACCUUGCUGGGUCUUGGAUAUCAGUGCUUAUGUUCAGGAGGUGUCUCUUUUCCGUCUUGGAUACUUUCUUCGCCCUUGGCAAAGCAGAGGCCACCACAGCAGCAGGUAGUAAGCUCCGUCCCUUGCGUAGGAAGGAGGCACAGGAGCUCGUCAUCCUUGCCUCUCUUGCUCCCUUCGCUGCCUCCAACAUUGCAGCGGAGUUUUGCGACAGGAUUUUCUGUUCUGACUCUUCGAUGUUUAAGGGAGCGGUCUGUGUCUCCCAUGUGCGGCCGGAGGUGGCAGCCUCCAUCUGGUUAAGCACUGACAAGAAGGGCUGCUAUACUAGGCUCGAGCCCUGCCCAGCACCGGAGAGCCAAGCGGCUGUGCUCGACGAGGAUCAUGAGGUCCCAGAGGGCCUAUCCUCCGCCUCCCGCCCUUUCGCUUUUGACUUUGACGUGUUGUGCAUUUGUGCUGGCUCUCGAGGCGUGGCCGAGAGCUGCAAGCGCAAGGGGCUACGUGUCUCCCCCAUCAUCGACCUCAGCACGUCUCCUGAGUUCGACCUAACUCGGGCCCAUGUUCUUGAGUGGAUCUUCCACUUGCUCUGGAGUGGACGAGCCAGGAGCCUCGUCAUUACGCUCCCGUCAGCUGCCGUUGCCGAUUUCCGCCGAGGCUCUGCCCCUCCCCAAGGUUUGCCUGCAUUCGUGAAGAGCUGCUUUGGGGUUUUCAAGGUUGCAGUGCGUGCCAAGGUGCCAGGUUUCCUUUUCUUUAAGAAGGGUUCAGGCGUCCUCGCGAGCCCUCAGGCGCAAGGUCUCCUAAAGGCUCACGGCUGUCGCCUCGUCCCCCCGGCCGUCGAUCAGGCUGAUCCAAGUGGGUCGCCGGGCCUCUGCUAUGUUGAGGGCCCAUUGCCUCCGUUCCUCUUCGUGUCCAGGAGGGCUAGUGGUGAAGCCUGCCAUGGCACCGCUCAGUGCCUCAAGGAGGUCCUUUGUCAGCUCGGCCCAAGGGAUGCAGGCCUUCCUUCUGGCUUCGAGAGUGUAGCCAUUAACGAUGUCCUCAUCACAUCCCAUUGGAAAACUGCAGCCGUUUGGAGCUGGGACCGCCAGAAGCACAUCAACUACUACGAGACUGAAUCAACGAUUACGGCCAUGCGGAUGUUGGCGCGAGAAGGCAAGGACUGCCGGGCUACCUUCAUUGCUGAUUCUUCCUGUGCUAGGGGAGCCCUCGCCAAAGGCAGGUCCUCAGCGAAGCUCCUACGCCCCAGCCUCAGACGCUCCGCGGCUAUUGCAGUGUCUGCCGGCAUCUUUCCCGCUUUCUCUUUCGGCCCGACAAGACAUAACGUCUCUGACGAUCCCACCAGGGACGUCCCGCUCAGGGAGCCGGCCCCACUCUCGGUCCUCACUGGCCUCGAGGAAUCUGAUAUAGUCGGUUUAUGUGAGCUCUCAGGGGCAAACAAACUCAGGGCGAGGUGGCUCCGUCUUUGCUUCCUAGCCGCCUCUCCCGGCCGGGAGAGGGCCUCUCUGGUCUCAGCGCUCCGUGCCUUCCCGGACAGGUCUUGUCCCCCUGUCCCUCCUGCGGGCCUUUUUCCCCAGCCUCUACCUGCCGGGCCUGAUCACCCCGCCGAGGCCUUCGCCAGCGUGCUCUUGUCCCAGGGAAAGUUCGAGCCCUUCGGUUUGGGAGAGCUGCUUGACCUUCUGCCCGCCUCCGACCGGAGCCGCUUCUCAGGCCCAGGUUGUUCAAAGGCAUGGACGACCGGGCUCUUUAUUCACGGGCCCCAUUGCGGCUUACGGAGAAACUUCAGCAUCUUCCCCGCAGCAACUUCCCUUGUAUGCCGGAGCGUACUUGCCGUUGCGAAGAAUUAUGCCUUCACCACUGUCUCCCUGCUCGAGGAGGUAAAAAGCUCCCCCCACAGGGACGUCAAUAACCUUCCCGGCUGGCCGAAUCUUGUGUUCCCCAUCUCCUCUUUUACCGGAGGUGAGAUUUGGUGUGAGGGAGGCGCGGCCACGACUCCUCUUACCAUCGAUGGUUCUCUGCACUACGGGGAGCUCCUCGAGGUCUCUCGGGGGCCUGUCUGGCUCGAUGGCUCCAGGCUCCACUGCACCCUCCCUUGGCAGGGGACCAGGAAGGUUGCUGUUGCAUUUGCCAUCCGAGACAUCGAGAGACUUGACACGAGGUCUCGCCGCAGGGCAGCCGCAGCCGGUUUUCCACUCCCACGCCGAAAUGGUCGAUGGACUGCGGCCGGACAGGCCAACGACGUUUUGGACUUUGACUCCACCCUCGGCUUCCCUGGCGAGGGAACGCUGCUGACUUCGCACGAGCUGCUAGGCUUCACCCUCGACUCGCUGCUUGCUGCAAAGCCUUUGGAUCCGGAGCUCGUUGCUGACUGGGUUAUAUGCUAUGGUAAGGACCUUUACGGAUCUGGAAGGCCCUACUAUCACUACUCCGAAACGAUCAACGCCUUGACCGCAGCGAAGCCCAUACUACGCCGUCAAAUGCAGGCAGCAUGGGACCUUGGUUUUUCUUGGUUGGCUGAGGAGCCCAGCACCCACCACACUGCGGUCCCUCCAAUAGUCUUGGUUUCGCUUCUCGCCGCCUGCCUAGCCUGGGGAUGGCUUCGGGAGGCUGGGUGCUUCGCUUUAGCUUUCGGCGGGGUUAUGAGGAUUGGUGAGAUUAUCCAGAGCAGGAGGGAAAACCUCAUCCUCCCCGAGGACGUAAUGCACACGCAGCAGUUCAUCCUCGUCAGCAUAAAGGAGCCAAAGACCAGAAACCGCGGGCCAAAGCACCAGUCUGCAAAAGUCGAGGCCGCCGAUCUAGUGCAGGUUGUCGUUUUAGCCUUUAGCUCUCUUACGAGCGAGCAAAAGCUGUGGCCCUUCUCCCCUCAGACUCUGCGCAAGCGUCUGGAUACCCUGCUGCUUCGAACGGGCGCAGCCCCCUGUCCGAAAGGGACCAGGCCUCUCGACCUGGGUUCAUUUCGGGCCGGGGGCGCCACCUACUUGUUACAGCAGACCGAGGACUCUGAGCUGGUCAGGAGGCGCGGGAGAUGGGCAUCGGCUAAGGUCAUGGAGAUCUACCUCCAGGAGAUCUCCUCGGCGACGUACUUGCCUGCGCUGCCACGUGGGCAAAAAUCUAAGGUGGCAGCAAUAGCUGCAGGCUUCGCCGAACUGCUGCAACAAGCCACCAGGUGGAAGAGUCAAGGAAUUGAGAGCAAGCUUUGGUACAGAUUAUGGCCUGGAGGCAUGUCUACACACGGUUGGUAA